GGAGGCCUCCCAGGAGGCUGUGGGAGGGGAGAGCUGUCAGACUAGAGAUAGCCAGCUCAUCUGUCUCCACCAGCACCUGCUGAGCCAUGAGCCAAGCCCGGGAUUUACAGGGAGGAAAGGCCUUUGGGCUACUGAAGGCCCAGCAGGAAGAGAGACUGGAUGAAAUCAACAAGCAGUUCCUGGAUGAUCCCAAAUACAGCAGUGAUGAAGAGCUGGCCUCCAAACUGGAAGCCUUCAAGAAGAAAUACAUGGAGUUUGACCUGAAUGGAAAUGGAGAUAUCGAUAUCAUGUCCUUGAAGCGAAUGCUGGAGAAACUUGGGGUACCCAAGACCCACCUGGAGCUAAAGAAAUUAAUCAAAGAGGUGUCCAGUGGUCCUGGGGAGACUUUCAAUUACUCUGACUUUCUCAGGAUGAUGUUGGGCAAGAGAUCUGCCAUCCUAAAAAUGAUCCUGAUGUACGAGCAGAAAGCAAGGGAACAGGAGAAGCCAACAGGUCCUCCAGCCAAGAAAGCCAUCUCUGAGUUGCCCUGAUUUGUGAUGUGAUUGAAGAGGCUUCUAAUGACCCCAACACAAAAAAUUGUAAGCCAGAGUCAAACUAAAAUAAAUUCUCCUCCUUCUCUAGAUUAA